CGCUGUGUGUAUCUGCUGGAUGUAAACAGAGUGCAUAAACUUUUGAUUUAUCUAAAUAUAAACGUGUUCGGCACGGAGCAGAGCUGACCAUCAGUCACGAGGUGCAUGAUGAUGGAGGACGAGUGUGUGGGCGGAGGAGGAGAAGCUCUCCUGCAGCUCCACCUGCCCUGUGAUCCUCCAUCUUCCUGCACAGUGUCCGUCGGGACCGAUCUGUCCAUGGCCGACAUCUCGCACCUCCACGCUGAAGUGUGUGAGCUCAGGAGAACCGUCCGGCAGCUCGAGGAGAGGCUCAGUCAAGCGCUGAAACUUUCCAGCCAGGAGGUGACGGGAGCUACACCAGCGCUGUGCUCCAUGUGUAAAUCUGAUCUAAACACCUCAGACGUGCGAGACUCGGAGCCCACGCUGCAGGGUGUGGAUGCUGUACAGAGUGCGUGUGGUGCUGGUGCAGAGGAAUUUCGUGAUGUCGGUCCACAGGAGAGCGAACUGAAGUGUGAGGAGCAUGAACCCAGCACCUCUGUCCGUUUAUACAGAGACCCAUACCCCACAGAGUCGCACUCCGCACCACACACCCCGCUGAAGACCUUCGACGGUGAAGAGCAGCACACGGCACACACGCCAGUGAUGACGUGUUCAGUGACGCUGGUGGACUGCAAGACCACGGUGGAGCUGAACGGAAACAUCACGCCAGAGGAAGACCUGGACGAUGGGAGCGUUCACGCCGAGGAACCUGACGAAGCCAGCGAUGAGGUUUGUCCUUCGACUCCUUUAGGUGGCCAGAGUGAGUCUGGCGAUGAAGAAAGCAGAUCCUCAGUGAAGCGAAAUGGGAAAAAGAAGAAGAGUGGGAUAAAAACCAUCUCUCCCUGCACCAUCUGCGGGCAGGAGUUGAUGUCUGCGGCGUUUCUGACGAGACACAUGAAAAUGCACGAGAACCGCGUGAAACAAAAGACGCUCCGGCCGCACGUCUGUACCGUGUGCGACAAAGGAUACCCCACGCACUCGGCCCUCAAAGUCCACAUGAAGUCGCACAGCGGAGACAAACCUUUCCGCUGCGAACUGUGCGGCAACUGCUUCAAGACGAAAGGAAACCUGAAGUGCCACCAGAGCAUACACACCGGGCAGCGUCCGUUUCGCUGCGCGUACUGCGAAAUGUGUUUCUAUCACAAAACGCACCUUAAAAAACACGAGCGCGUGCACACUAACGAGAAACCGUACGUGUGCUCCGUCUGCGAGAAAGGCUUCAUCACCAUCAGCGCUCUGAAACAGCACCAGAGAGUUCACACGGGGGAAAAGCCGUACUCCUGCACCCACUGCGACAUGACCUUCGGCCAGAAAGUGAACCGCGACCGGCACGAGCGAACGCACACGGGGGAGAAGCCGUUCCUGUGUGACCACUGCGGGAAGGGCUUUUCAGACCCCAGGCACUUUUACACCCAUAAACGCAUCCACGUGGGUGAGAAUCGCGAGAGGCCGUUCCAGUGCUCGUUCUGCGGCAACAGCUUCUUCUACCGCAUCAACCUGAAGCAGCACGAACGCGUCCACACGAAAGAACGACCGUACAGCUGCACGCAGUGCCCGAAAACCUUCGCUCGGCCCGACGUGCUGAAAACGCACCUGCGGGUUCACACGGGAGAGAAGCCGUACCGCUGCAGCAUCUGCGAUCAGGGCUUCACUUAUCUGGGCAGCUUCAGGGCGCAUCAGAAGAACCACACCAAGGAGGACGUGAAGCAGAACCCAUAGCACACGCUUGGACCCCUUUAUGCGCGUACAGAUGUGUAUAACGAUAAUACCAGAGUCUCCACUUCAGAUUUUAUUUAUAUGCUGGUCAGGAUUGCGCUGUUCAUGUAAUCGCUACGGCUUCCGGAAAGACGCAGAACAUCAGGACGGUGAUGGAGCGGUCACGACACCGACCUUUCACUUCAUUCACUUUUCUAAAGCAUUAACCGCAGCAGCAGAGAAUUAUGGGGUUGGGAUACAUACCUUACAGUUGUGGUUUAAAAGAACAGAAAGGAGCAUGAUUAAUAUAAAUUGAUGUGAUGUAAUGGACGAUCAGAACACUUGCCAGUUCUUGGACCGAGCAGCCGAGUUUGAGUUGAAUGAAUUUAACAACAGAAGAAUGGAGUGACGUGAGCCGGUGUGAGGAAGUGGAGUGUAGCUCACGGUCAAUUUAAGUGAAUUUAAGUUUAGUUGUAAUUCACAAAUAAAUACUGCACAUCAGAGUUUACUGUGUACGUAUCUUUACUUUGUUUCCAAUCCUAAUCACUAAACACUGCACGUGUUCUCCACGUCUCCUAAUACUGCACACGGGGAGCACCCUCCAAAACACAGGGACUGUACACUGCACUCGUUCCUGGAUCAGUCUGUCUCUCUCUCUCUGUCUCUCUCACGCUCUCUCGCUCUCUCUUUCACUCUCUCUCUCACUGUCUCUCUCACACUCUCUCUCUCUCUGUCUCUCUCUCACGCUCUCUCUCACUGUCUCUCUCACGCUCUCUCUCUCUGUCUCUCUCUCACGCUCUCUCGCUCUCUCUCUCUCUCAUGCUCUCUCUCUCUCUCUGUCUCUCUCUCACGCUCUCGCUCUCUCUCUCAUGCUCUCUCUCUGUCUCUCUCUCUGUCUCUCUCACGCUCUCGCUCUCUCUCUCAUGCUCUCUCUCUCUCUCUCUCUCUCUCUGUCUCUCUCUCACGCUCUCUCUCUCUCUCUCAUGCUCUCUCUCUCAUGCUCUCUCUCUCUGUCUCUCUCACGCUCUCUUUUUCUUCUUGUGGAAAUAGAUGAGUGGGGGAUUGAGUGAAUUUCUGUUAAAUAAUAAUUAAGUACAUGUUUUGUUUUUUUUUGUUCAUGUAGCUUGUGUUAGAAAUUUGUAUAAUUUAAUUCCACAAUUUAAAACAUGAAUAAAUCGAAAUAUCUAAAAAUCCACGAAUUCAUUAGUGAGGUUUGAGCUGUCUCGCUGCCUGGUGAAAAGAGUGAGUUCUUAUAAAAUGAGAUUUUUGGUUCUGGUCGUGUCUUUACAUUUAAGGACAUAUAGAGCCACUGUAAAUGUUUCACACUGUUUUCAUC